AUGGAGGUUCAGGUGGAGUACGACUACACAGCAGAAGAAAGAGAUGAACUUACUCUUAAGCAGGGCGAUAUUGUUACAAAUGUUUCGCAGUUUGAAGAGGGGUGCCCCAAGAAAAUCACAAAACACAGAGUAAUGCCUACAGGAGCAUCCUCUCCUUUGCCACUGUCGGCCAAUAUAAGCAACAAGGCCUCAGACUAUGUGAAAGUGGCGUAUCGCUAUGACCCCGAGCAGUCAGAUGAGCUGCAGUUGGAGGUGAAGGAUUUCAUUCGCGUGCUUAGUCGAGAUUUACCUGAGGAUGGUUGGUGGCGUGGUGUAAACCUUCGUACCAAUAAGACGGGUGUAUUUCCUGACAAUUUUGUCAGAACAGCUGAUGCCAAUGAUCCUGACUUUAAGCGUGCUCUUGCGGACUACAAGCUAUUGCUUACAGAUCCGGCUAAGCGUAAUGACUUAUCGGGUGGUAACCCAGGCGACAGUGAUCGACUUAUCAACAAGCGUCUGCAGAACAAAGCGGCAUCAAGCACUAACUCGACUUCGUUGGUACGAACUGAUGGAAGGAUUGCGGUCAAGUCGGAAGCAUCUCGUUCUGGUAGAACUGAGCCAACCACUCAAAAGACGAACGGCGCAUCCUUCUCCCUCAAUCGCAGGAGCUCCAGUUCAAAACCGGAGUAUGACACCGCUUCUGCCAAAGCCAAUGCUAAUAAAUAUCGCUGCUCCAGCUUGACACGUUUGGAUCCCAAUCGGCCAAUGGAGAGUACGCCGCGAAACAUGGGUGACUUGCAAGGCCUAGUUCAGGAGCAACAGGAGCGCCUUUGUGCAUUUGCCGAGCAGCUGAACAACUUCACGCGCACCAUUGAUUCCAUGCGACGGGAGCAGCGGGAACACGCCGAGGAUGUGGCUAACCAACUGUCCGAAUUUAACAAGAAACUUGCAGCAGUCAAGGUUCGCAUAGCUCUCACUCUUGCCUUGAAUGCUCAAGCGAACGAUCGGGGUGGUGUGGCCAAGAGUUUGAAGUUCAUAACUGACCAUCUUCGUUCAUUGACGGAGGAAUUGGACGAGGUGAAGAAGUUGCAAUCCAAUGAUGCGGUAGAGUUAAAUCGUAUCAAGAAGGUGGUUCUCGAUAUGGAUAGUCGAACAAUGCUCGCGGGUGUUGGCAUGACCGGAGCUGGUGAAGAGUACAAUGGACAGUUGCCAGACCUCAAUGAUAUCAUCAACGGGCACAACUCCUCUGACCCUUAUCCAUUGUCGAGGUCACACUCCUCAUCAAAGCCUCCCACAGGUCCCAGAUAG